AUGCCGCCGAAGUUUGAUCCUUCCCAGGUGGUUGACGUGUUCGUCCGCGUCACCGGCGGUGAGGUCGGCGCGGCGUCCUCUCUCGCGCCCAAAAUCGGCCCGCUUGGCCUCUCCCCCAAGAAGAUCGGCGAAGACAUCGCCAAGGAGACCGCAAAGGACUGGAAGGGCCUCCGCGUGACCGUCAAGCUCACGGUCCAGAACCGCCAGGCUAAGGUCACCGUCGUGCCCUCCGCCGCGGCCCUGGUUAUCAAGGCGCUGAAGGAGCCCGAGCGCGACCGGAAGAAAACGAAGAACAUCAAGCACAACGGCAACAUCUCACUCGAUGACGUCAUCGAGAUCGCCAAGGUCAUGCGCCCGCGGUCCAUGGCGAAGGACUUGAGCGGGACGGUGAAGGAGAUCCUGGGAACUUGCGUCUCCGUCGGCUGCACCGUCGACGGGAAGGACCCGAAGGAUUUGCAGCAGGAGAUUGCCGAUGGUGACGUGGAGAUUCCUCUGGAUUGA